GCCUCUUCACAUCCAUAAACCCCUCCUCCUACUCCCACUCCUUCCAAUCUCACACAUCCCUUAUCAUCUCCAACCCUUCACCACCAUCACCACCAACCCUUCACCUUCUCCUCAACGUCUCCAAUGGUGGACCGUAAAGACUCCAACACUCAGCUCCUCCAAGAACUCGAAUCCCUAAGCCAAUCCCUCUACCCACCCCGCCGCACCGCCUCUCUCGCCCUCCAACGCUCCUCCGACUCCACCGCCCCCGUCACCGAUGAACCCCGUCCCCGUUCCCGCCGUUUGUCCAUGUCCCCAUUUCGUUCCCGCCCCAAUGACCUCUCCCAAUCAACCACCACCACCACCACCACCACCACCACCACCACCACCAAAGAACUCCAACCAUCAUCUUCAUCGGAGAAGAAGAAACUAUGGAACUGGAAACCAAUCCGAGCUCUUUCCCACAUCGGCAUGCGCCGUCUCAGCUGCCUUCUCUCCGUUGAGGUCGUCUCCGUUCAUGGCCUUCCGGCCUCCAUGAACGGCCUCCGCCUCUCCGUCACCGUCCGCAAGAAAGAAAGCAAAGACAGCGCCAUCCAAACCAUGCCGGCGCGUGUCCUCCAAGGCGCCGCCGACUUUGAAGAGAUGCUAUUCAUUCGCUGCCAUGUUUAUUGCAGCGGUGGUUCUAGCUCAGGCAAACCUCUCAAGUUUGAACCCCGGCCUUUCUUGAUCUCCGUCACUGCCAUUGAUGCCCCUGAGCUUGACUUUGGUCGGAGCUCUGUUGAUCUUAGUGACCUUGUUAAGGAGUCAAUGGAUCGAAGUUUGGAGGGUUCUCGUGUUCGUCAAUGGGACACUACCUUUAGUCUAGCCGGAAAAGCGAAAGGAGGUGAGCUUGUGCUCAAGCUCGGGUUUCAGAUCAUGGAGGAUGGUGGUGUUGGGAUAUAUAACCAGCCUAGCAGCAAAGGCUCAUCGUCUACAUCUUCGUCGUUAGCUCGUCGGCAAUCCAAGUCUUCUUUUAGCGUCACGAGUCCAAAGAUCACAAGGUCGGAGCUAUCGACGAUGACGACGCCGUCGAAGAAUUCUCAGAGGAUUGACUUGAAAGGAAUUGAUGAUUUUAGUCUCGAUGAACCUGGACCUCCUUCGUUGCUCUCUCCGGCCACUACUCAUAAGUCAGAGUUGGAGGAGGUGAAGGUUGAUGAUCUUGAUCUUCCUGAAUUUGAGGUUGUGGAUAAAGGGAUUGAGAUUCAAGAGGCACAAUCAGCAGUGGAGAAUGAGGUUGCCGGAGAGGAAUCAUCUGUCUCCAGUGAAGUAGUCAAGGAAGUAGUAGUCCAGCAGGACAGUGCUCAUCUCAUGAGACUCACAGAGCUCGACGAGAUCGCCAAGCAGAUUAAGGCACUGGAGUUGGUGAUCGGAGACGGGUAUGAAUCUGUCAAAGCAGAGGUUAGUGAGGAAGAUGAAAUGCAGAGGUUGGAUGCCGAAGAGGAGACGGUGACGAGAGAGUUCCUUCAAUUGCUUGAAUUGGAAGGCGGAAAAGAUGAACUUGCCGAAGCUCCUACUCCAACAAUGUCAGGGCCGGAGAGUGGUGUCGGAGAAGAAGAUGCAAGUAACUUGGUAUUCUUGCCUGAUCUUGGGAAGAGUAUAGGUUCUGUUGUUCAAACUAGAGAUGGCGGGUACUUAGUAGCUAUAAAUCCUUCGGAUGUUAUAAUGCCUAAAAAGGAGAUUCCUAAGCUUGCAAUGCAAAUAUCUAAGACAUUGGUACUUGGAGAUGAGAAUCAAGCUAAUGGUUUUGAAGUGUUUCAGAGGUUGGCUUCUCUAGGUUCUGAAGGACUAGGCUCUCAACUCAUGUCACUCCUAGCAAUGGAUGAGCUCAUGGGCAAGACGGCAGAGCAAAUUGCAUUUGAAGGCAUUGCGUCGGCGAUAAUCUCCGGCAGGAAUAAAGAAGUCGCAAGCUCUAGCGCAGCGAAAUCAAUGGCAGUUCUCAAACUGAUGUCUGUUGCAUUGAGUCAGGGAAGGAAGGAGAGGAUCAAGAGUGGGAUUUGGAAUGUGAAAGAAGAGCCAGUGACUGUGGAGGAGGUGUUAGCAUUGGCAUUGCAGAAAAUUGAGGCAAUGUCUAUUGAUGCUUUGAAGAUUCAAGCAGAUAUGCCUGAUGAAGCUGCUCCUUUCCAUGUUUCCCCGGCGACCGGAAUGAACAACCCAUUAGACACAGCGACACCGGUGGAAGAAUGGAUGAAAAAUAGUAAUGCUGGGAAUACAUCAUCAGUUUCACUGAUGGUAGUUGUUCAACUUAGGGAUCCUCUUCGGCGAUAUGAAGCUGUAGGGGCUCCUGUCAUGGCAGUUUUGCAAGCAGCACUGAUUGAUGAAGAAGAAAAGUUUAAAAUGACAAGUUUGCAUGUUAGCAGUGUGAAAGUGAGGACAGGAGGGAGGAGGAGUGUUUGGGAUGGGGAGAAGCAGAGAUUGACUGCAAUGCAGUGGCUGGUGGCUUAUGGACUGGUUAAGGCAGGGAGGAAGGGUAUGGUGACUGCCGGAAAAGGCGGCAACAGAGGACAGGACUUUCUUUGGAGCUUGUCAGCAAGAAUUAUGGCAGAUAUGUGGUUGAAGCCAAUGAGGAAUCCUGAUGUGAAGAUGAAUGAAAAGUAGUUUCUGUGUUUCUGUAUUUCUGCAUUUAUGCAGUUGUGAUAAUGCAUUCUUUUUGGUGAUUAUGUAUAUCUGUGUUGUAUAUGAUGGAUCAAUCUGAAACUUUGUUUUUAUAAUAUGAAUAGAAUUUGGGAGAUUGAAUUAUGCA